UGUGAUGGUAAAAGUUUCAGUUUCGCACAUAUCGAAAAACAUUCUGCUUUUGUACAAAUUUACUGUCGACAUUAGCCAGAACCUUCGGCAAUCUUCAUUCCGACGUCUAGAGUUUUCACGAACUUAAAUUAUUGUGUUUACACUGUUGAGCCCACUAUGUGAGGAAAAAAAUCUAGCUUCGGGUUCUCUUCUUUCCGUUUCUAGAAAACAGAAGAAAAAGGAAAGUCUUGAAAAGUUAUAUAGUGCUUUCUGAGUGUGCUGGACGCCUGUAGAAUUGUACUCGUGAAGGACGUUUGGCAUAAAAGAGAUUGUUGCAGCAUAAACUUUGAGGAAAAACGGUUUAAAAGAGGACUUUCGACUUGCAAAAGAUCUUCAGACAUAUAAAUCUGUGAGGAAAAGCAGUUCAAAACAGGACUGAUUUGACAGUGGUGGUGAACAGUCAUUUGCAACUAGACCAAAGGAAUCAAGGAAUAAUUCUCAACAUCUUCAGAGCUCUGCAAAAAUGUACAGGCUUUUUCAGCCAAUUGCUCCUGGUAUACCUAGGAUUGUAGGUCCAGCAAGUGGUGACUACAUCGGCCCUCCCGGUCCCAAUUUUACUACACAGCAAUGGAUUAUUCCUUGGAAAAGUCUGCCUCAAGAUAAGGAUCCAAAGUUUAGUAAGAAGAUGGCUCCUGUGAUUAGAAGACUUAACUUUCCAAAGAUAAAGGCUCAACGUGCAAGACCUAGGCCACCUCGUUCUGAAACUGCCAUUGCUAAGCCUUUAAAGAUUGGAAAUGGUGUUCGCGAGCAUGGAAACCCCCAUGGUCUUAAACUAAUUGAUGCAUUUGAUGCCCUUAAGUGUUCUCCUUGUUAUUUACAGCGCAAUGAAUUUGGGAAUGGUACCAAAAAAUUGUCUGGCGCACAGACUCGUAUGCCGUACCUUAAGGCAGGAAACAAAGCACUUGCAGGUCUGGAGCAUGCUUUAAUGGCAGAGUCGGAGCAACUUGCAGAGUAGUUGCUAACUUUUUAUGUUUCUUUAGAUACCCACAAAUUUGAACUCUUAAUCGGAUCAAAUUUGAACUGUUAAGAGUGCAAAGUAUGGGAACUAUAUCCUGGUUUACAGAGAACAAAUUUUAACAGGUGUGAUGCAAGUAUUACUGCUGUACGUAUGUGUAUGGUAGGAUAUUGAUAGCUAAGUAGUGUAUGGAAGCUAGGGAAGUCCAUGCUGCAAGUGUCUUAGGUUUGGCUCACUUGGUUACAAUGUGAGCAGUUUGAUGGGACCUUAAACUAGUCGUGUGGAUCACUUGGUUGUUUUCUCAAUUUCCUAAGAGUGUGGAGGACUUCAGAUGUGGUGUCAGAAAUGUGUUUGCUUAAAUAUUAAAGAAAAAAAUCUUAAUGAA